AUGUGUGCUCACUCAGUUUCUCUCUCCAGUCCCACCACCACUGUGCUGUGGGACACCAGGCGCAAGCAGCCCAUCAAACUGGCCAGGGUCACCAAGGUGCUGGGCCAGGCCGGCUUGCCCGGACAGUGCACUCAGGUCCGUGUGGAGUUCAUGGCCGACACCAGCCGCUCCAUCAUCCGCAGUGUCAAGAGCCCCAUGCGUGAGGACGACGUGCUCAAGCUCCUGGAGUCCGAGCGAGAGGCCCGCAGGCUACGCUAGC